GAAAAGCGUUCCGUUUUUAAGAGAGUAUCCACAUUUUCUUCAGACUUUCAGCCACACGACAAACCUAAAUAUUGAGAAAGUUGACCAUUUAAUUUCAGACGUCCUUCCCCGGCUUUCACAUUGGCAAAAGAAAUUGUCUGCGUUUGCUCAUUGAACUACUAGCAUAAACACCCCCCCAAACCCCUUAUACACAACAGGUGGGAAACAUCGUAACUUUUUUCAAAGGAGGAGCGAGAGACCUUUACAAUAGGUGUGGUUUGUCCCAGUACGUCAGAAUGACAGAUCCGGCAGUUAAGAGGGUGGUUAGUGAUAUCAUUCGCUCUCCAGAGGAUAAACGAGUCUACAGGGGCCUUGAAUUCACCAAUGGGCUCAAAGCAAUGCUCAUCAGUGAUCCCACGACAGACAAAUCGUCAGCUGCCCUGGACGUUCAUAUAGGUUCUUUGUCAGACCCUUCGAACAUCUCUGGGGUGGCCCAUUUCUGCGAGCACAUGCUCUUCCUGGGCACGAAAAAGUACCCCAAAGAGAAUGAGUACAGCCAGUUUCUGAGCGAACAUGCCGGCAGCUCCAACGCCUUCACCAGCGGAGAACACACAAAUUACUACUUUGAUGUGUCUCAUGAACACCUACAAGGAGCUUUGGACAGGUUUGCUCAGUUCUUCCUUUGCCCGCUGUUUGACGAGAGCUGUAAAGACCGUGAGGUCAACGCCGUGGAUUCAGAACAUGAGAAGAACCUGAUGAAUGAUGCGUGGAGAUUGUUCCAGCUGGAGAAAGCCACGGGAAACCCCAAGCACCCAUUCAGCAAAUUCGGAACCGGUAACAAGCUCACGCUGGAGACGAGGCCAUCAAAAGAGGGCAUUGACAUUCGUCAGGAGCUGUUGAAGUUUCACUCCACAUAUUACUCUUCCAACCUCAUGGGACUCUGUGUACUGGGCAGAGAGUCCCUUGAUGAGCUCACCUCUAUGGUGGUGAAGCUUUUUGGAGAAGUAGAAAACAAGAAUGUGCCUAUUCCUGAAUUCCCUGAGCACCCUUUCCAAGAAGAGCACCUUAGGCAAUUUUAUAAAGUCGUUCCUAUCAAGGACAUCAGGAACCUUUAUGUCACUUUUCCCAUCCCGGACCUGCAGAAAUAUUACAAGUCCAAUCCAGGCCACUAUCUAGGCCACUUAAUAGGCCACGAGGGCCCUGGUAGCCUGCUGUCGGAACUCAAAGCCAAAGGCUGGGUGAACACGCUGGUUGGAGGACAGAAGGAAGGAGCCAGAGGGUUCAUGUUCUUCAUCAUCAAUGUGGACUUAACAGAAGAGGGACUCUUGCAUGUGGAGGACAUCAUCUUCCACAUGUUCCAGUACAUUCAGAAGUUGCGCACUGAGGGACCUCAGGAAUGGGUAUUUCAGGAGUGUAAGGAUUUGAACACUGUGGCCUUCAGGUUCAAGGAUAAGGAGAGACCUCGUGGAUACACCUCCAAAGUGGCCGGACUGUUGCACUACUAUCCUCUGGAGGAGGUGUUGGCAGCUGAGUACCUUCUGGAGGAGUUUAGGCCGGAUCUCAUAGAGAUGGUGCUAGACAAGCUGAGACCAGAGCACGUCAGAGUGGCUGUGGUCUCCAAGUCAUUUGAAGGACAAACCGACAGAACAGAAGAAUGGUAUGGCACGCAGUACAAGCAAGAGGCCAUUUCUGAUGAGGUCAUCAAGAAAUGGCAAAACGCUGACCUCAACGGCAAGUUCAAACUUCCCAUGAAGAAUGAAUUCAUCCCCACAAACUUUGAAAUCUACCCUCUCGAGAAGGACUCAUUGUCUUUUCCAACCUUGAUAAAGGACACGGCAAUGAGUAAAGUGUGGUUCAAACAGGACGACAAAUUCUUUCUGCCCAAGGCCUGUCUGAACUUUGAGUUUUUCAGCCCAUUUGCAUACGUGGAUCCCUUGCAUUGUAACAUGGCCUAUUUGUAUCUUGAGCUGCUCAAGGACUCCCUCAACGAGUAUGCAUAUGCAGCCGAGCUAGCUGGCUUGAACUAUGACCUCCAAAACACCAUCUAUGGGAUGUAUCUGUCGGUGAAAGGCUACAAUGACAAGCAGCACAUCCUGCUGAAGAAGAUUAUUGAGAAAAUGGCCACGUUUGAGAUUGACGAAAAACGCUUUGAUAUCAUUAAGGAGGCGUAUAUGAGGUCUCUGAAUAACUUCCGGGCAGAGCAGCCUCACCAACAUGCCAUGUAUUAUCUGCGUCUGCUGAUGACAGAGGUCGCCUGGACCAAAGAUGAGCUGAAGGAGGCGCUGGAUGAUGUCACUCUGCCCCGCCUCAAGGCCUUCAUACCUCAGCUGUUGUCACGGUUACACAUUGAAGCCCUGUUGCACGGCAACAUCACUAAACAGUCGGCUCUUAGCAUGAUGCAGAUGGUUGAGGACACUCUCAUUGAGCAUGCUCACACAAAGCCCCUCCUUCCCAGCCAGCUGAUUCGCUACAGGGAGGUGCAGGUGCCAGAUGGUGGUUGGUAUGUGUACCAGCAGAGGAAUGAGGUCCAUAAUAACUGUGGUAUUGAGAUUUACUAUCAGACGAACAUGCAGACCACACAUGACAACAUGCUCGUGGAACUCUUCUGUCAGAUAAUCUCUGAGCCCUGCUUCAACACACUGCGCACCAAAGAGCAGCUGGGAUACAUAGUGUUCAGUGGGCCACGGCGGGCCAACGGUGUGCAGGGCCUGCGCUUUAUCAUCCAGUCAGAAAAGGCCCCACACUACUUGGAGAGCCGUGUGGAAGCCUUCCUGAAAACCAUGGAGAAGAGCGUAGAGGAGAUGGGAGAGGAAGCCUUCCAGAAACACAUCCAGGCCCUGGCCAUCCGACGCCUGGACAAGCCCAAGAAGCUGGCAGCUGAGUGUGCCAAGUACUGGGGAGAGAUCAUCUCCCAGCAGUAUAACUUUGACCGAGAUAAUAUUGAGGUGGCCUAUUUGAAGACCUUGACUAAGGAAAACAUUAUACAGUUCUACAGGGACCUGUUGGCUAUAGAUGCUCCAAAGAGACACAAAGUGUCUGUGCACGUGUUGUCUCGUGAGAUGGAUUCCUGUCCGGUGGUUGGAGAGUUCCCCGCGCAGAAUGACGUGAACCUGGCACCUGCACCCUCUCUGCCACAGCCGGUCUUGGUGCAGGAUAUGACUGAGUUUAAGAGGAGUCUGCCGCUCUUCCCCCUGGCUAAACCUCACAUCAACUUCAUGGCUGCCAAACUGUGAACUGCACCAGCCCCAGUGCAUCGUGGGUAUGCCAGGGACACACAGGAUCGUCUGUACUCCGUCCUGCUACACCUACAACCGGAGACUGUCGAAUACCAUCUGACUCUCUCUCUGUGUGUGCGUGCGUGUGCG